AUGGGCCCCUAUACCGCCUCCUCAUGCUGCUGCCAGGCCCGUAAUCUGCCAUGGGCCCCCGUACCGACUCCUCAUGCUGCUGCCAGGCCCGUAAUCUGCCAUGGGCCCCUGUACCGCCUCCUCAUGCUGCUGCCAGGUCCAGAGUGUGUCAUGGGUCCCUGUACGGCCUCCCAUUGCUGCUGUCUCUAUCGCCACACUCUGCCAUGUGCCACUUUCAGGUCUCCUCACACUGCUGGUGGUUUCCAUUUUUGUCAUAGGGUGCUGUAUGGCCUCCCAUUGCUGCUGCCUCCACCGCCACACUGUGGCUCCACACUCUGGUUUUGGCCCCGUGACUGCCCAAAUGAGUGAAGUGUGCGGUGAUUCUAAGAUCGACGGCACUCAUCUGCAUGUCAUACUGACUGACAGUAUUAUUUCUCUUCCCCAGCAGACUCCAAGGGCAUUUAAAUUAAAGGUACAGUGUUCAGCACUAAUAUUA